CGGCGCGGGGCGGCCAUGGCCCGGUGGGGCCCCGCUCAGGAGCCCGAGUGGGGGCCCGACGCCUGGCAGCCGCUCCCCCCGCAGCCCCCCGUCGCCGUGCCCUCCGAAGGGGCGAAGCGGCCGCCGGCCGCGCACGAGAUCUCGCUGUGGACGGUGGUGGCGGCGGUGCAGGCGGUGGAGCGGAAGGUGGAGGCGCAGGCCGUGCGGCUGCUGAGCCUGGAGGGCCGCGCGGAGACGGCCGAGAAGAAAAUGUCGGAGCUGGAGAAGGCCGUGCUGGAGGUCGGCGGGCAGCUGGAGCGCCGCUGGGCCGCGCUGAGCGCCCUGCUGCAGGACAGCGCCAGGCGGCUGGAGCACGUCGAGAGGCAGCUGCGGAACAGAGCCUGCUGGGCGCCGCGGGACGGGCUGGGAGCCGGCGGGGACGAGCCUCAGGUCCCUGCGUCAGGUGAGGACAGUGCUGCCUGUUUGCCGGAGCAGGAGUGGGGCGGAGUGGACAGCCGGCAGCAGGAGCUGUACAGGAUGGCAGUGAAGGGGAGCUACGAGGCUGUGGUCUCUCUCGGGCCCGGGGACACCAGUUCCAAACCCGCUCUGCUGUUGCCAACUGAGGAUGGGGAGGAUUCAGCUUCCAGGACCCAUGGGCUGCUGGAGGAGGGAGCAGUGUUGGGGCACGGUGGUGGUGCAGGUGAGAAGAUCGUGAUCAAGACAGAAGAGCAGCAGCCGCAGGAGGAAGGACUGGAAAUGCUGGCUCUGUCACAGGUGUCCUCUGUGAGGCUGGAAGAGGAGGUUCCCCUGGGCCAGGAGCCACCGGUGCCUUGGGAGAGCCACGCUGUCUUGGAUGAACAGAAGGCAGCAGGAGAGGGCUUAGGGGAGCUCUGCAAACACGGGGCUGCUCAGCCUGAAUUCAAGCCUGUGGUCAUCCCUGUGGAAGCUCGCCCAGCCCCAGCCUUACCUUUCCCAUCAGAACACGGGCACGGUACGGAGACUGAGCAGCCAUUCGCUCUGCCCCAGGGGAUGCUGCUGGGAGAGGACACUGCCACAGAGGCCGCCUCGAUGCAGGCUGGCACAGAGGAGCACGGCCCACCUGGCACAGGGGAUGAGCCCUGCGUGCCGCCGCCGGGCUGGAAGAACGUCCGGCUGAAACGCAACCUCCUGGCCCGGCAGCAGAGCCACGCGAGGAAGAGCAACGGCUCCUUCAUCUGCACGGCCUGCGGGAAGAGCCUGGCCCACCACGCCGCUCUGCUGCGGCACCAGCGCCUGCACACGGGAGAGCGGCCCUUCCAGUGCCCCGCCUGUGGGAAGAGCUUCAACGAGAAAUCCAACCUCAACAAACACUACCGCAUCCACACUGGGGAGCGGCCCUACUGCUGCCCUGCCUGCGGCAAGGGCUUCAUCCAGAAGCACCACCUCCAGAAACACCAGCGCAUCCACGGGGUGCAGCUGCGGGGCGGCUGGGCGGGACGGCCGCGUGCCAGCGCAGCCGGGGAGCGGCUCUACCGCUGCAUCGAGUGCACGGAGAGCUUCCCCAUGCAGACGUUGCUGGAGGAGCACCAGCGCCGGCACACCCAGCAGCGACCCUUCCAGUGCAAUGGCUGCAGCAAGAGCUUCCGCCACCGGCAGUCCUUGAACCACCACCAGAAGGUCCACGCCGUGGCCAACGCUCCCGCUGCCAGCUUGCCAAACCGGGGGCCAGGGACAGACCCCUGCAAGCCAUUGAACCAGGAUAAUCCAUAGCACGAGGGCUGCAGAUGGGAUCGAAGGGGCAGCGUUUCUGCAGGCAGAGAGGUGCAGCAGCCUGCGGUGGAGGGAUGCAGCGGGCAGCUGGCAUCACAGUGCCACAGGGAUGAGGAUGGAGCUGGCUGAUCCGCGGCGUGAGCACGAGGAGACCGAGUGGCCCAAUGGAGCUGGUCUGGUGGUAGGGCUGAGCUGGGCCGUGCUGCUGCCCGGUGGAAAAAGGCUCAGCCAAAGAGCAGCUCGGUGUGUUCGGCACUGUGGGACGGGGAGUGGAGCACUUGAAAUCAGGGUUACUUCAGUUCUUAACAGCGUUGAGGCUGGUUGGGGGGUGCGGGUGCCCAGGGAGAGGCUGUUGUUGCUGGGACAACCGGAGUCACCGCACAGAUGGGGGGAGGUUUGGAUAAAGGAUUGGACUGACGCCA